CAUUAAACAGAUACAAAACUUAAGGGAUUUUUAUUUACUGUCAUCAUGUCUAUUAUCCCUGUUACAAUAUCUAAUAGUCGUGUUUGCGUUGCUUGUCAAACAUUAUUAGUGAUGAGUUGGAACAUCAAUAGGGCAGGGCGAGUCAAGGACGCGUGUCUCCGUGGAAACUAUGUAGACAACAAGGGAUAAGUUACCCUCAGUCUGCGAGCGCCACAUGUAGUCAUGUCAAGGAAGCGCACAAGAAUGGCUUGUCCCUAACUAUACUCCAAUAUGUCGGCACUUAUAGUAUUUCUACUCCAGUUUGUUAUAAUUCGGACGGUUAAUACGCAGACGACGCAAAAUAUUAACGUUUUACUAAUCAAUGAAGAAAAUAACGCAUUAGCUGAGAAGUCUUUCGAUGUUGCCAAAGAAUAUGUGAGGCGUAAUCCCACUUUAGGACUCGCUGUUGAGCCGGUCAUCGUGGUUGGCAACAGAUCCGACGCAAAAACAUUUUUGGAGAAUGUUUGCAGGAAAUACAAUGAUAUGUUAUCAGCGAAAAAGACUCCUCACGUCGUGUUAGACUUUACGAUGACUGGGGUCGGUUCGGAGACGAUUAAAUCGUUCACCGCUGCGCUGUCACUGCCAACAAUUUCGGGUUCAUUCGGGCAGGCCGGGGACUUGCGACAGUGGCGAUCCCUGAACUCUAAUCAGACUAAAUUUCUCCUACAAGUAAUGCCUCCCGCUGAUGUUAUGCCGGAGUCUAUUAGGGCGAUUGUUACCCAGCAAGAUAUAACUAACGCAGCUAUUCUCUUCGAUGAGUUUUUUGUAAUGGACCACAAAUACAAAUCCUUACUGCAGAAUAUUCCAACGCGACAUGUUAUUACUCCAGUAAAAAGUUUUAAUAAAGACGAAAUUAAAACGCAACUUAGAAGUCUCCGUGACCUGGAUAUUGUAAAUUUCUUCAUCGUCGGUAGUUUGAGAACGAUAAAAAACGUUUUGGAUGCAGCCGAUGAGAACCAAUACUUUGGCAGGAAGACCGCAUGGUUCGCUUUGUCAUUGGAUAAAGGAGACAUUACUUGCGGUUGUAAAGACGCAACGAUCAUCUACAUGAGGCCCACGCCGGACGCGAAGAGCAGAGAUCGCUUGGGAAAGAUUAAAACCACCUACAGCAUGAACGGCGAGCCUGAGAUCACAGCAGCGUUCUACUUCGACCUGUCUUUGCGAACGUUUUUAGCCGUAAAAUCCCUACUGGACUCUGGCAAGUGGCCAAACGACAUGAAAUAUAUUACAUGUGACGAUUACGACGGUAAGAAUACUCCUAACAGGACCUUGGAUCUUAAAUCGGCUUUUCAAGAGGUAAAAGAGACGCCUACAUAUGCUCCAUUUCAUAUUCCGGAAGACGAUCCAAUAAACGGCCGCAGUUACAUGGAAUUUAGCACGGAUUUGUCGGCCGUGACGGUUAAAGACGGUGCGUCUAUCGGCAGCAAGGCACUAGGCACGUGGAAGGCGGGACUCGCCAACCCUUUAUCCUUGAUUGACCCUGAGAAUAUGAGCGAUUAUUCAGCGCAACUUGUAUACAGAGUCGUAACAGUCGAGCAACAACCGUUCAUAAUAAGAGAUGACGCCGCGCCGAAGGGAUUCAAAGGUUAUUGCAUUGACCUCAUUGAGGAGAUUCGGAAAAUCGUUAAGUUCGAUUAUGAAAUAACGUUAUCUCCAGAUGGAAACUUUGGUACUAUGGAUGAGAAUGGCAAUUGGAACGGUAUUAUAAAGGAACUCGUCGAGAAGAGGGCAGAUAUAGGUCUGACCUCGCUAUCCGUAAUGGCCGAGAGAGAGAACGUAAUAGAUUUCACAGUGCCUUAUUACGAUUUGGUCGGAAUAACUAUAAUGAUGAAGCUGCCGCGCACGCCAACAUCUUUGUUCAAAUUCUUAACGGUCUUAGAGCAUGACGUGUGGCUUUCGAUACUGGCUGCUUAUUUCUUUACCAGUUUCCUUAUGUGGGUGUUUGACAAAUGGAGUCCGUAUAGCUAUCAGAAUAAUCGAGAGAAAUACAAAGACGAUGAAGAAAAAAGGGAGUUUACGUUGAAAGAGUGUUUAUGGUUUUGCAUGACCUCUUUGACACCCCAAGGAGGCGGAGAGGCACCUAAAAACUUAUCUGGAAGGUUACUGGCUGCGACGUGGUGGCUGUUUGGAUUUAUAAUAAUAGCAUCGUACACCGCGAACCUGGCUGCCUUCCUCACUGUCUCCAGGCUGGACACUCCUAUAGAGUCCCUGGAUGACUUGUCGAAGCAGUACAAGAUACAAUAUGCUCCGCUGAACGGGUCGUCCGCGAUGACAUACUUCGAAAGAAUGGCGGCCAUCGAAGUUAGGUUCUACGAGAUAUGGAAGGAAAUGAGCCUCAACGACAGUCUAAGCGACGUGGAACGGGCAAAGCUGGCAGUCUGGGACUAUCCUGUAAGCGACAAAUACAGCAAAAUGUGGCAAGCUAUGAAGGAAGCUGGUCUCCCUAACUCUAUAGAAGAAGCUUUACAAAGAGUUAGAGACUCUAAGAGCUCCAACGAAGGUUUCGCUUGGCUCGCCGAUGCCACUGACGUCAGAUACCAUGUGCUCACAAGCUGUGAUCUGCAGAUGGUUGGAGACGAAUUUUCGAGGAAACCUUAUGCCAUCGCCGUCCAACAAGGUUCGCCGUUGAAAGACCAGUUUAAUAAUGCAAUACUCCGACUUCUCAACGAGCGUAAAUUAGAAAAUCUAAAAGAAACAUGGUGGAACAACAAUCCGAACUCAAUGAAAUGCGAGAAACAAGAUGACCAAUCAGAUGGCAUUUCUAUACAGAAUAUUGGAGGGGUUUUUAUUGUAAUAUUCAUGGGCAUUGGACUCGCUUGUAUUACCCUGGGUGUCGAGUAUUGGUGGUACAAGUGGAGGAAACGGCCCCUUGUUGGCGACAUAAUGCAGGUUGAACCAGCAAAAACUACCAAGGAUAACGUCACUAAACCCGAGAGUUUUAAUUUCAGAUCCAGAAAUUUAGGUUUAUCUAAUUUGAAACCUAAAUUUUGAAAUGCAAUUAUUUAAACAGUAAAUUACUAUGUGAAUAUAAAAUAAUAUUUUUAAGAAGAGAUAUUUAUCAUGUGUUCAUACUAAUCUUUUCUUAAUAACUCAUAAUUUAUAAAUGUAGGUUCUGCUCCAAAAAUUGUGUAUGCAAGUGUGUGAAUAAACACGUAAGUAGCACGA